AUGACAAAUAACGUAACCAAACAAACCAAAACUUUUACUCACAUUCAUAAAAAUGCGAAUACAAUUGCAAAAUCCAACGAAAUUGAUCCUCAAGAUAUACAAUUUUUGACAAUUCCUGGAACUAUGAUUCGAACAUUAACAAAUCGAGCAUCGAGUUUUCUUGUAACUGAUUUACCAGCACUAAGAUGUAAAAAACCAGAAGUUAUGUGGAAACCCGGUGACCCAACACCGAUUCCUGAUGGAUAUACACGCUGCACGACAAUCGACGCGGGAAUAUCGAAUGAUCAUGGGAAGAGGUCUUCAUCUCGUGAUUGGUCCCCACCAAAACAGAGAGAUAAAUCUUCGAAGAGUAGUGAACCUUCAAAUAAAACGUACAGAUGUACAGAUAAAAAGCGAUAG